GGGAUAGCCGAAAGGACUGAUGAGGCCUUGUCGCCAGUGUUGUCUACGACUGAUGUUACCUCAGGGAUGACGGAGCUGACGAUUUGGCUGAGAAGCGACGAAACUUGGGUGACUUCAGGAGCAAUCGCACUGGAGACAUCAGAGGGUAGUUGAGUCGCUUCAGGGAUUGUGCCAUCGAGAACGGACGAGAUGACAGAAGGCAGCUGAGUCGCUUCAGGGAUUGUGCCGUCGAGAAUGGACGAGAGACCAGUCGCUCCAGGAAGAUCAGUGAUUUGGGACUCAACACCCCCAAUGAUGCUUGUCACUGUUGAAGGUAGCUCUGUAACAUCGGUGAUGAUAGGUGCAACGAUACUGCUGACAGUAGCAGGAAGCUCGGAUACUGCUGGAAGAUCAGUCACCUGGGAGAUGACUUCGCUCAGAAUGCUGCUUGCUGUUUCUGGAAGACCUGUGACACCAGUAGGGACACCAGUGGCUCCAGGAAGCUCAGUGGCAUCAGAAAGAAUUUCGCUGACGAUGCUGCUUGCAGUUCCGGGAAGACCGGUUACUACAGGGACAUCAGUGACAACGGAGAUAACCUCGCUGACAAUGCUGCUUGCCGUUCCUGGAAGGCCUGUGGCUCCAGGGAGCUCGGUUACAUCAGAGAGGAUUUCGCUAACGAUGCUGCUUGCAGCUACGGGAGCACUGGUGACUCCGGGGAGGUCAGUGACACCAGGAAGAAUCACGCUGACAAUGCUACUUGCUGCUCCGGGGAGAACAGUGGCUCCAGGAAGCUCGGUGACAUCAGACAGGAUUGUGCUGACAAUGCUACUUGCCGCGCUAGACAGGUCUCCGAGAUCGGAGCUAACACUUCCAAGAAUGCUGGUCACCGGAAGAUCAAUACCAGUGCCUCCAGUUGGCAAGAUAAUAGGGGAGGCGCUAGUCGAAGCCGUAGUAGUACCUGCUGCCUUAGAAGAGGACGAUGGAACAGCGAUGGAGGUCGAACGAGAGCUAGAGAUAGCAGAGCUUGAUGGGGACGCAGCGACGGAGGUCGAACGAGAGCUCGUGAUAACAGAGGACGACGAAGACGUGACUCUGCUGGUAGACGAUUGCGAAGGAGCGGAUGAAACUGUUGAGUCUCGAACGCUCGAAGAGGAAGUUGAGAGCUUCGAGGAAGUCGAGAUUGACGCUCCUGCCGAAACACUCAAACUUGCAGAAACUGAAGCAGACGCGGAACCAACUGCCGACGAUGCCUGUGAGCUGACGCUCGAAACGACCGAGGAUGCUCGNGAGCUGACACUCGAGACGUCGCUGCUGACGGCUGAGGUCGCCUUCGAGAUGGCCGAAGAUGCCUGUGAGCUGACGCCCGAGACUGCAGAGGAUACACGCGAGCUGACACUCGAGAUGUCGCUGCUGACGACUGAAGUUGCCUUCGAGACAGCUGAUGAUCCGCGGGAACUGAUGCUCGAGGCAUCACUGGAGACUACAGAGCUGGCCUGAGAAAUGCCAGAUGAUGCUUGAGACUUGACAGUAGAAGCAGCGCCGGCGACCGAAGACGCAGCUUGCGAAGCCAAAGAGCUCGCCCGAGAAACAACGGAGGAUACCACGCUUGAUGCACGGCUGAUGACUGACG